GCGGUUUUACAAAACCCACCAAAAAAAAAGUCCAUACAGUUUUAGAAAAUAACAGAGAUAUAUGGCGAAGAGCAAAGACGGUUCGAUACUAAACCGGCUGAGAAGGGCAGUGAAGAAGGUGAGAUUCGUGUUAAGGUUCAAUUUGAACAGUCUGUGGAAUCUGGUACCCAUGAUCGGUUCGUCUUCUUCGUCUCGUCGGUUUAGUUUCAACGACAGACCCGGUUUAAUGGCGGCUUAUACGACCGAUGAAUACGAACCGGUUCGCGAUGACUCGACCGGUUCAUCCACGCAGAGAGGAGCCUUGUACAGAACAGCGAGCUAUCCGUCGUCGGACGAGGACAUAGACAAGAAGGCUGAGAUGUUCAUAGCGAAUUUUUACAGGCAGCUUAAGAUAGAGAGACAAAUCUCUUUGGAGCUUAAAUAUUACCGCCAUAAUAAUUCUAGCUUCGAUUACAGAUCGCCUUAGCGAUAUUUUCUUCUUCUUCUUUUUUCUGGGGGUGUUUCUAAGAUUCUUCAAUUAAAUUAAUUGUUUCAUAAUGUUUUUUUUUUUUAUUGUUUUUGUAACGAUCGGGUUUUUUUGUUUGGGUCGUCGGAGAUGUCACCUCUUAACCUUUGUUUUUUUAAUGUUAUGAGAGGUUGGCCGUCGUCAAUCAUUUGUUUCUUUUGUGGGGCACAAAUCUUUUGUUACAGAUCGGAUUAUCAUUAAAAUCCACUGUAAUGAAUAAUGAUAUAUGUCGUUUGCUUUGUUA